AUGCAAGAACAACAGAUGUAUGAAACACGGGAGCUUGUCGUGGUUGGCAAUCUCAGAGUUGAUAAAAUAUUACGACCUUACAGUUUUCUAAGAAAUAUUCAUAUCCCACGAACAGUGCUGGUUAUAGCAUCUGAACAGUGCCUGUCUGUUCCACAUGAUUUAAAGACAUUUACUGAAGGUGAUAACGGGGUUCAUGUCUAUUACACAAAGAAACUACCAUUGUCAAACAACAUUAAUCUCCCUAUAGAAAGCAUUGUACUGGUUUACAAAAUUUUUGAUAGAGACAACUUAAAAGCUAUCAAAGACAGUUUGCCUUAUAUUGAUGUUCGUUAUCUGGUGGGAAAAUGUUUUAUAUUGGUAACAUCAGAUAAAGAAUUUUGCAGUGGUGAUACUGAGGAAAUUGAAACUUUUGCAAGCUCUUAUCACUUGCCUAUUCACUUUUUUUCUAAAACACAGGAAGCUGGCAGUGAUGGUAAACCUCGUCUCCAGAUCCCUUCCAACUUAAUGGCCAUUUAUUGCCCGCCUGUGGGGAGCGAUGUCAACAGCUUGAUUAUUAAUGGCCAUUUAUUGCCCGCCUGUGGGGAGCGAUGUCAACAGCUUGAUUAUUAAUGGCCAUUUAUUGCCCGCCUGUGGGGAGCGAUGUCAACAGCUUGAUUAUUAAUGGCCAUUUAUUGUCCGCCUGUGGGGAGCGAUGUCAACAGCUUGAUUAUUAAUGGCCAUUUAUUGUCCGCCUGUGGGGAGCGAUGUCAACAGCUUGAUUAUUAAUGGCCAUUUAUUGCCCGCCUGUGGGGAGCGAUGUCAACAGCUUGAUUAUUAAUGCUACUAUUGCCAGGAGUUCUCAGUGGGCUAAAGAUGGUGGAAAUACACAACUAACCUGAACUUAUGACUAUAUAUUUUAUGUGACUUGAAUGUUUUCUUGACUUGAAAUACAUGCAGAUAAAUGUUUUUUGUAUCAUUUCAUGUAGGCCUAUAUGACUUUAGGAAUUUAAAGUUUUAACUAAUAUCCAGUCUGGGUACAUGAAUCUGUUAUAACCAGUACACUACUGAUACACAAAACAAUAAAAAUGCUGUAAAUAAGUG